AUGCAUGGAGAUUUGACAUUCCAAGAUAUGUACAACAACAUGGAGCUGGUUGAGGACGAAGAUGAUGAUAGUGAUUGGGAGCCGGUUGCGGAACCAGUAGAGAUGAUUAGUUGGUUCUGCACCAACUGCACGAUGGUGAAUCUUGGUGAUAUCGUCCACUGUGAUUUAUGCGGAGAACAUAAAACUUCUGGUAUCCUGAAGCAUGGGUUUCUGGCAUCUUCAAAGUUCCCCCAGGAAGACAGUCAUAUUGAUGGGAAAAUAGAAGCGAAUGGCAACGUAAUUGGAUUCCAACAGUCAGCCUUAAGCAGUCCCACAGCAGUUGGUUUUGAUGAGAGAAUGCUGUUGCAUUCAGAGAUCGAGAUGAAGUCACAUCCACAUCCUGAAAGACCAGAUCGCCUUCGAGCCAUUGCUGCUAGCCUUGCAACGGCCGGUAUAUUUCCUGGAAGAUGCCAGGCUAUUGCUGCCAGAGAGAUUACUCGGGAAGAACUUGAGAGGGUGCACUCUAUGGAGCACAUUCAAACUGUAGAUUUUACUGCCAAUAUCUUCUCCAGUUAUUUCACACCUGACACUUACGCCAAUGAGCAUUCGGCUCGUGCUGCUAGACUUGCAGCAGGUUUGUGUGCUGAUCUUGCUUCAGCAAUAUUUUCUGGACGUGCAAAAAAUGGUUUUGCUCUGGUUAGGCCUCCGGGUCAUCAUGCGGGUGUGAAGCAGGCAAUGGGAUUCUGCCUUCACAAUAAUGCAGCAGUUGCAGCACUGGCUGCACAGGUUGCUGGUGCCAAGAGGGUUCUAAUAGUUGACUGGGAUGUCCACCAUGGAAAUGGAACACAAGAAAUUUUCGAUGACAACAAAUCGGUACUGUAUGUAUCCUUGCAUAGACAUGAGGAUGGCAAAUUUUACCCUGGUACAGGAGCUGCUAGUGAGGUUGGUUCAAAGGGCGCAGAAGGAUAUUGUGUGAACAUUCCAUGGAGUUGUGGUGGAGUAGGCGAUAACGAUUAUAUUUUUGCAUUUCAGCAUGUCGUGCUACCUAUAGCCACCGAGUUUGCUCCUGACUUCACCAUCAUAUCAGCAGGGUUUGAUGCAGCAAGGGGUGAUCCACUCGGACACUGUGAUGUAACUCCUGUGGGCUAUGCACAAAUGACAGAUAUGUUGUCUAAUAUCUCCGGUGGCAAGUUACUUGUUAUUCUUGAGGGCGGCUACAAUCUUAGGUCGAUUUCAUCUUCUGCUACUGCAGUCAUCAAGGUAUUGUUGGGUGAAAAUCCUUCAGCCGAAGUGGCAGACAUUGCACCUUCCAGAGCUGGCCUGCAAACCGUGAUGGAAGUUCUGAAGAUUCAAAAUGACUUCUGGCCUGGUGUUGGUGCAAGCUUAACACAACUGCAGUCUCUAUGGGAAGGAUUCAGCUAUGAUGAUAAAGCAGCAGAGAAGGGGCACAAAAUGAGGCGCAGAGCAGAAGCUCCGGUAUGGUGGAAAUGGGGAAGAAAGCGGCUAUUGUACCACCAUUUCAUCACCAGGCAUCUUCGAGCAAAACGAAAGAGGGAGCAGAAGUGA